CUCCGGGCCGCGGGCGCAGGCGCGCGAGGAAGGGGGAGGGGGAGGCCCCUCCGGCGACUGCGCAGGCGCGAGGCCACGUGCCCGCCUUCCGGCUCCUUCCCUCCACUUCCGGCCUGGGCCGUUUUAAGCCGGAGCGGUGGAAUCCAUGUGCAGUAGGAUGACCAGGGCGUGACCCCGCCGUGCCCACCCUGUGACCCCAGCCAUGUCCACUCUGCUUCUCAAUGUGUCCUUGGAACCCCCGCCGGGUACCGCCACCCCUCCACGGUGCCAGUCGGCUCUCCGUCACCAGCGCUUCUUGAAGCGCCGGCGCUUCCUAGAGCGCCGGAGACUCCUGAAGGAGAAGCAGCUACCACCCCGUAGCGCCGCUCCCCGCAAGGACAAGCGCCCCGCCUCCCGGGAGCCUCAGGAGCAGCCCUGUGUCCCGCCGGUCCCCCCCACACAGACGGGUGCCGUGGCCUGGGUCACCCCGGCCGCCAGAGGGAAGGGGGCGGCAGCCCGGACCCUCCCGUCCGAGGAAGAGCUGCUGAGCGAGUUCGCCGCCGGCAGCGACGCCGGGGUGGCCAGGGACCUGGCCAAGGUGGUGGCCGUGGACUGCGAGAUGGUGGGGACGGGGCCCCACGGCCGCUGUAACUCCCUGGCCCGCUGCAGCGUCGUCAGCUAUCACGGCGACGUGCUCUACGACCGCUACGUGCGGCCGCCCUGCCCCAUCGUCGACUAUCGCACCUGCUGGAGCGGGAUCCGCAAAAAGCACAUGGCCAACGCCGUCCCCUUCCAGGCUGCCCGCAAGGAGAUCCUGAAGCUGCUGGCAGGCAAGGUGGUGAUCGGUCACGCCGUGCACAACGACUUCAAGGCCCUGCACUAUUCCCACCCGCGCAGCCUGACGCGCGACACCUCCCGCAUCCCCCUCCUCAACCGCCGCGCCGGCUUCCCCGAGCGCGAGGCCAUCUCCCUCAAGCGCCUGACCAAGCAGCUGCUGCAUCGGGACAUCCAGACCGGGUCCCAGGGGCACUCGUCAGUCGAGGACGCCAGAGCGACCAUGGACCUGUACAAGGUGGUAGAAGACGAAUGGGAGGAGGUGCUGCGCCGGACGCCCCAGACCGACUGACCACGGAGACGACGGGGCUGCCCCUUGGGAAGAGGCAGGGCGGGGAGGGUGGAGGAAGAACCAAAAGAACAAGGCCCACACCCCAUCAGAAGAGAAUCUUCAAUGGGACACGG